AUGGCUCCCAUUACCAACCCCCCCGGGCUUCUCCAACUGCCGUCCUCGGAAGCAGACCCAUGCUCUGCUCCAAAACGCCCUGCGACGCCAGGGUCGGCACCCACGGCGGCGGCGCGCACCGCCAUUGUCGUCUUCUCGGGAGGCAGCGCGGCCAAUAGCCUCGUCGACGUGUUUGAGCGCGUGCGCGAGGCCAACAAGACCUCGCUCAGCUACGUGAUUCCAAUCUCAGACAACGGCGGCAGCACGAGCGAGAUAAUCCGCGUCUUUGGCGGACCAGGCAUCGGCGACGUGCGCUCGCGACUCGUCAGGCUCAUCCCAGACAAAGACGCCCCCGAAACGAUUGCCAUCAAGCACCUCUUCAAUUACCGCCUCGCCAGCACGUACGAGGCCGCGCGGGCCGAGUGGUUCGAGAUCCUAGACGCCACGCACCCACUCUGGACCGACGUGUCGUCUCCCAAGAGAGAGCUGAUCCGCUCGUACCUCAACAGCUUCAAUCUCGAGGUCGUCAAGCGCAUGCGGCCCAGCAGUCGGUUCGACUUCUCCAAGGCCAGCAUCGGGAACCUGUUCCUCACGGGCGCGCGCCUCUUCGCCGGGAGCUUCGAGGCCGCCAUUUACCUGCUCAGCUCCAUAUGUGCCGUCCCCGACGCCGUCUCGGUCCUGCCGGCCCUGAACACCAACUUUGCCCACCACAUCGCCGCCGGCCUGCAGGACGGGACCGUCAUCACGGGACAAAACGACAUUUCGCACCCCAGCUAUCCGACCGCCGCUGUCCCGGGCGCGGGUGCCGCCGCCUCGAGCACGGGCGCGCAGACGCCAGCCGUGUCCGUGGGCCACGACACCGAAGAGCACGACCGGAUCGAAGACGCCAACCUCCCCGGGUCGCUGCCCGCCCUGCGCAGGCCAGCCAUCGCAUUCUCAAAGGGCGAGGGCGAGGAGCUGCCGUCGCGCAUCGACAGGAUAUGGUACGUCAACCCGUACGGCCAGGAGAUCCGCAUCCCGGCCAACCCACGUGUCCUCGAGGCCGUCAACGCGUCGAGCACCGUCGUCUACUGCAUCGGCUCUCUGUUCACGUCCAUCAUCCCGAGCCUGGUCCUCAAGGGCGUGGGGGAGGCCAUUGCCAGCCCCGCGGUCAGGAACAAGAUUCUCAUCCUAAACGGCGCGAUUGACCGGGAGACGGGCCCGCCGGACAAUGCCUUCACGGCGCUCGACUUUGUCGCCGCCAUUGCCAACGCCUGCGCCGACUCGCGCGGGUGGCCAAGGCCGUCCGAGGACGAGUACGGCCUCUACGUCACGCACCUCGUCCACCUCGAGAGCCCGGCUUCGCCAAAAGUGGACAGGCAGAAACUGGGCCAGUUGGGAAUCGACACGACGCGAAUCUACGGGCCCAGGGGUGAGUCUGGCCGCGGCGCCCGCUACGACGCCACGGCCCUGGGACAGACGCUCGAGACCAUUGUCGGCAGAAAAGACGCUCGCGCGGACAAGAGUCGUAGAAACACGCUCGUCGGCUAG